AAAAAAAGGGGGUAAAAACAGCAUCGUCAUCCUCUUCCUUAAAAUCACCAAAACGUCACCGCCGUUUCGCAGGUAACCCUAACUUUUCCCAUCCUCCGCCCCUUCCCCUCUCUCUCUCUCUCUCUCUCUCUCUGUGUUUCCAUUCCCUUUUCGUUUAUCACAGAAUCUCGAAUCGACAAAAUAAAAAUUAAAAGUGAGAAAAAAACCAGAGCCGGAAAACGAAAGCCAAACAGAUUCCGCCGAGAAAAACGACGUCGAAUCCAACACUUCGCUUCUCUUUUUUCCUUCGUGAAGCCGAAGAUUUUUUGAUGUUUUUCGAAUUGAAUGAUCGAAGACGAUGCCGGCGAAUUAGUGACGAAUUGUAAUCCGACGCCCGUCUUAGCUAUAUGGCUCAGCAACAGUCUUCGCGUCUCAAUCGUUUACUCACUUUGUUGGAUACUGGUUCAACACAAGCGACGAGAUUCACCGCAGCGCGACAGAUUGGGGAUAUUGCCAAAUCGCAUCCGCAGGACUUGAAUUCUCUUCUCAAGAAGGUUUCUCAGUAUCUUCGUAGUAAAAAUUGGGACACAAGGGUUGCUGCUGCUCACGCCAUAGGGGCUAUUGCUCAAAAUGUUAAGCACACUUCUCUGGCUGAUUUACUGUCUUCUGUUGGAGCCAAGAUCACUGAGUCUGGGAUAUCUGGCACUGUUGAAGAUAUGGUGGCAUCACCUGACUUACAUUCUAAGAUUGUAUCAGGUGUUUCUUUUAGAAGUUUUGACAUCAACAAGGUGUUGGAGUUUGGUGCUUUGAUGGCGUCAGGUGGACAGGAGUAUGAUAUUGCAAAUGAUAACUCAAAGAACCCUAAAGAGAGAUUGGCUCGCCAGAAACAGAAUUUAAAACGACGUUUAGGUUUGGAUAUGUGUGAGCAGUUCAUGGAUGUCAGUGAUAUGAUUAGAGAUGAGGACCUUAUUGUUGACAAAUUAAAUCACCAUGGAAAUGGGUUAGAUAAUAGAUUUUACACGUCGCCAUCUAUACAUAACAUCCGGCAAUUUGUUUCACGUAUGGUACCUAAUGUUACGUCUAAAAGAAGGCCAAGCGCAAGAGAGUUGAAUAUGUUAAAGCGAAAAGCUAAAAUAAAUUCAAAAGAUCAAGCAAAAGGCUGGUCUGAUGAUGGAGAUACAGAGGUAUCACCAGCUCACAAUGCAUCAACUCCAAGGGGAACAUGUCCUGAUCCAGUAGGUUCGAGUAAGUUUGAUGCUGUUACUGAUGAAGAUAGCUCUGAUCAUGAUGGAGAUGGCCGCUGGCCUUUCCGUAGUUUUGUUGAACAACUUAUUGUUGAUAUGUUUGAUCCUGUUUGGGAGAUUCGCCAUGGCAGUGUUAUGGCUUCGAGAGAAAUUUUAACGCAUCAUGGUGCUUCUGCUGGAGUAUAUUUGCCCGACUUGAACUCAGAUGAUGCACUGUAUCUUGAAGUAAAAGAUUUAGAUUAUUCAAGUAAAAUGAAGAGAGAGAGAGAAAUUGAUUUGAAUAUGCAAGUUUCACCAGAUGAAUUAGAGGUAAAUCUGAAGAGGCCAAAGUUUGAAGAUGGAUCAUUUCCAGUGAUGGACAAAAUGAUCUCUGCUGGCCAGCAUGGUGGCUUCAAUGUUGCGGUGAAGAUUGAGGAUGCCACAUCCACUUUGCCCUCUGGGCAGUUUAAUGGUCAACAUGAUAUUAGUUCUAUGAAAAUAGAGACUGAAUUUUGUCAUGAUGAUCUGAUGUACCAGUCUAAAGAAGCUGUUGAAGUGGAAGAGCCAAAGAGUUACUCUGAAGAUAAGGGUGCAUUUGCAAAUUCGGAUGUACUAAAAAAUCUCCCUGAAAAUUGCGAGCUCAUAAACUUAGUUAAACUAGCCAGGCAUUCUUGGCUUAAGAAUUGUGAAUUUCUUCAGGAUUGUGCAAUUCGUUUCUUGUGUGUACUAUCACUAGACCGUUUUGGAGACUAUGUAUCUGAUCAGGUUGUUGCUCCAGUACGAGAAACUUGUGCCCAAGCACUAGGUGCUACUUUUAAGUACAUGCACCCUUCAUUAGUUCAUGAAACAUUGAAUGUCUUGCUGCAAAUGCAGCGUAGGCCAGAAUGGGAAAUUCGUCAUGGAAGCCUUCUGGGUAUUAAGUACUUGGUUGCUGUUCGACAGGAGAUGCUGCAUAAUUUGCUUGGCCGUGUUCUCCCUGCUUGUAAGGCUGGAUUGGAGGAUCCUGAUGAUGAUGUGCGGGCUGUGGCUGCAGAUGCUCUAAUACCUGCUGCAGCUGCUAUCGUUGCUUUAAAAGGUCAAUCAUUGCAUUCAAUUGUUAUGCUGCUUUGGGAUAUACUGCUUGAUUUGGAUGACCUUAGUCCAUCCACUAGCAGUGUUAUGAACCUGUUGGCAGAAAUCUACUCCCAAGAAGAUAUGAUGCCUAAGAUGUUAGGGACAUCAACAGAAAAAGAGAAGCAAAAUUUUGAUCUAAAUGAAGUAGUUCAUGUUGAUGAGGUUGGAGAAGGGAAAGAUUUGCAGGAAAAUCCUUAUAUGUUAUCUAUGUUGGCACCCCGUUUAUGGCCCUUUAUGAGGCAUAGUAUUUCAUCAGUCCGGCAUUCGGCAAUCCGUACUUUGGAGAGGCUUCUCGAAGCUGGUUAUAAAAGGAGCAUUUCUGAGCCAGCUGGUGGUUCCUUUUGGCCAUCUUUUAUUCUGGGUGAUACCCUUAGGAUUGUAUUCCAGAACCUGCUGCUAGAAUCCAAUGAGGAAAUUCUGCAGUGUUCUGAGAGGGUUUGGAGGUUGCUUGUGCAGUGCCCAGUUGGGGACUUGGAAGUUGCUGCAGUGUCAUUUGUUUCCUCUUGGAUUGAACUUGCAACUACUUCUUAUGGUUCGGCUCUAGAUGCUUCAAAAAUGUUUUGGCCAGUUGCUCCUCCUCGAAAGAGUCACUAUAAGGCAGCAGCAAAAAUGAAAGCUGUGAAGCUUGAGAAUGAAUCUUAUGGAACUGUUGGCUUGGAUUCUGUGAGAGGGGCUGUUUCUCAGGAAAAGAAUGGGGAUGCUUCUACUAACUUAGUGAAGAUAAUUGUUGGUGCUGAUGCAGAAAUGUCAGUAACCAAUACCAGAGUUAUUACAGCUUCAGCGUUGGGAAUAUUUGCAUCCAAGUUGCAGGCAAAUUCUUUGCAGUAUGUAGUUGAUCCACUGUGGAGUGCACUUACCUCCCUGUCAGGAGUUCAAAGACAGGUGGCAUCUAUGGUUCUUAUUUCUUGGUUUAAAGAGCUCAGAAGCAGGGAGCCAUCAGGAAACCGGGAAAUUAUGCAAGCUUUUCCAGAUCAUCUUAGAAAAUGGUUAUUGGAUUUGCUAGCUUGUUCUGAUCCUGCAUUCCCUACAAAAGAUUCAGUUCUACCUUAUGCUGAGCUGUCAAGGACAUUUGCUAAAAUGCGCAAUGAAGCUAGUCAAUUGCUACAUGUUGUUGAGUCAUCUGGCAUGUUUGUAGAUAUAUUGUCAAUUGUGAAAAUUAAUGUUGAAAGCUUAACUGUAGAUGAUGCAAUCAGUUUUGCUUCAAAAGUGCCAUCAUUAUGCAAUGAUAAUACUGGGAAUGAAUCAAUGCAAAGGAACAUUGAUGAUACAGAGUCAGCAAAACAACGUCUUAUAACAACUUCAGGCUAUUUAAAAUGUGUUCAGAGUAAUUUGCAUGUUACAGUGUCCUCCUUAGUUGCUGCUGCUGUUGUCUGGAUGUCAGAGCUUCCUGCACGACUUAAUCCAAUCAUUUUGCCUUUAAUGGCUUCGAUUAGAAGAGAACAGGAGGAAAUACUGCAACAGAAGGCAGCUGAGGCUCUUGCAGAGCUUAUUUAUCAUUGCAUUGCUCGUAAGCCUAGUCCAAAUGACAAGUUAAUCAAGAAUAUUUGUAGUCUGACUUGCAUGGAUCCUUCUGAGACUCCUCAAGCUGCAGUUAUCAGUACCAUGGAGAUUAUUGAUGACCAGGAUUUCCUCUCCUUUGGGACUAGCACAGGAAAACACAAAUCAAAGGUUCACAUGUUAGCUGGUGGUGAAGACCGAUCAAGAGUUGAAGGUUUUAUCAGCAGAAGAGGUUCAGAACUAGCAUUGAGGCAUUUGUGUGAGAAGUUUGGUCCUACAUUAUUUGAAAAGCUUCCCAAACUUUGGGACUGCGGUACUGAAGUUCUUAUACCUGCCAGUCCUGCGGAUGAACAGCAAGUUGUGCAGGCUGUUGAAUCAAUUAAAGAUCCUCAGAUCUUGAUUAAUAAUAUCCAGGUGGUACGUUCUAUUGCUCCAAUGCUGGAUGAAACCUUAAAGCUGAAACUGCUAAUGCUUCUUCCUUGCAUUUUUAAAUGUGUUAGUCAUUCCCAUGUGGCAGUUAGAUUGGCUGCUUCCAGGUGUACUACUACAAUGGCUAAGUCUAUGACUGUAGAUGUAAUGCGGGCUGUGAUUGAAAAUGCCAUUCCUAUGUUGGGGGAUGUGACAUCUGUCCAUGCCAGACAAGGUGCUGGCAUGCUUAUUAGUUUGCUCGUUCAGGGAUUGGGUGUGGAGCUGGUUCCAUAUGCACCUUUGUUAGUUGUCCCUCUUCUUAGGUGUAUGAGUGAUUGUGAUCACUCUGUCAGACAGAGUGUGACACGCAGUUUUGCUGCCCUGGUACCUCUUCUUCCAUUGGCAAGAGGUCUUCCUCCACCCAUUGGACUGAGUGAAGGUUUAUCUAGAAAUGCAGAUGACGCACAAUUUUUGGAACAACUGCUUGAUAAUUCCCAUAUUGAUGAUUACAAGCUUUGCACUGAAUUAAAAGUGACAUUGAGGAGAUAUCAACAAGAAGGUAUAAACUGGUUGGCCUUUUUAAAACGUUUCAAGCUUCAUGGGAUCCUGUGUGAUGAUAUGGGGCUUGGGAAAACGCUUCAAGCAUCAGCAAUUGUGGCAUCUGACAUUGCAGAGUGCCAUGCUUCAAAUAACAUUGAGGAAUCUCGUUCAUCCUUAAUUGUUUGCCCAUCAACCCUUGUUGGACACUGGGCUUUUGAAAUAGAGAAAUAUAUUGAUGCUUCGUUAAUAUCCACCCUUCAAUAUGUUGGUUCUGCUCAGGACCGCAUUGCUUUGAGAGAACAGUUUGAUAGGCAUAAUGUAAUCAUAACAUCUUAUGAUGUGGUGCGCAAGGAUGCUGAUUAUCUUGGACAGUUUCUCUGGAACUACUGUAUUUUAGAUGAAGGACAUAUCAUAAAAAAUGCUAAAUCUAAAAUAACAUUGGCAGUAAAGCAGCUGAAAGCCCAGCAUCGGUUAAUACUAAGUGGAACACCGAUCCAGAACAACAUCAUGGAUCUGUGGUCCCUUUUUGACUUUCUAAUGCCAGGAUUUCUUGGAACAGAGAGACAGUUCCAAGCCACUUAUGGGAAGCCACUGCUGGCUGCUAGAGAUCCUAAAUGUUCGGCGAAGGAUGCUGAAGCGGGGGCACUUGCUAUGGAAGCGCUGCACAAGCAGGUCAUGCCCUUCCUACUUCGGCGAACAAAGGAUGAGGUCUUGUCUGACUUGCCAGAGAAAAUCAUUCAGGACAGAUUCUGUGACCUUAGCCCUGUCCAAUUAAAGCUUUAUGAACAGUUUUCUGGUUCACAUGUAAAACAUGAAAUUUCAAGCAUGGUAAAGCAUGAUGAGUCAGCGGUUGCAGGAGGAAAUAUUGCUUCACCAAAAGCAUCUACACAUGUAUUUCAGGCGCUGCAAUACUUGUUAAAACUUUGUAGCCAUCCCUUACUUGUCGUUGGUGAAAAGGUUCCUGAGUCUCUCGCACUGCAGUUGUCAGAGCUCUUCUCUGCAAGUUCAGAUAUCAUUUCUGAACUUCAUAAACUCCACCACUCUCCCAAAUUAGUUGCCCUUCAGGAAAUUCUGGAAGAAUGUGGAAUUGGUGUGGAUACUUCUGCUUCUGAUGGCUCUGUCACUGUUGGACAGCACAGGGUUUUGAUAUUUGCUCAACAUAAAGCCUUACUGGAUAUCAUUGAAAAGGACUUGUUUCAGACCCACAUGAAGAAUGUCACAUACCUACGGCUGGAUGGAUCAGUUGAACCAGAAAAACGUUUUGACAUUGUGAAAGCUUUCAAUUCUGAUCCAACAAUAGAUGCCCUUUUGCUUACAACACAUGUUGGUGGGCUUGGUCUGAACUUGACAUCUGCCGAUACCCUCAUUUUUAUGGAACAUGAUUGGAAUCCCAUGCGUGAUCAUCAGGCAAUGGACAGGGCACACAGAUUAGGCCAACGGAAAGUUGUGAAUGUUCACCGUCUCAUCAUGCGUGGCACUCUAGAAGAGAAAGUUAUGAGCCUCCAACGGUUCAAAGUAUCAGUUGCGAAUGCUGUUAUCAAUUCUGAGAAUGCCAGUUUGAAAACCAUGAACACUGACCAGUUGCUUGAUCUAUUUGCCUCAGCAGAAACAUCUAAAAAGGGAGCAAUUGCUUCGAAACGUUCAGAGAGCAGCAUAGAUGGAGACCCAAAAUUAAUGGGUACAGGGAAGGGGUUAAAAGCCAUCCUUGGUGGAUUGGAGGAGCUUUGGGAUCAGUCGCAGUACACCGAAGAAUACAAUUUAAGCCAGUUCUUAGCAAAACUUAAUGGCUGAACUCAAGCUGCGCAAUGGCCUGAACUUAAUUGGGUGCCGUAAUGGGUUGAAAGAUUAUAUUCUUGGUCCACCAGUGGAGUUUUAGGAUCAUGGUGCGCCAGAGCUCGAUCAAGUCCAGUUCAUAUUGAAGCAAACUGGUUGAAGCCAGCUGCUCGUCUGUACAAAGUGUAUAUAAUCCAAAUUUAGGAGCCCAGUUUUGGCAAAAUUUUAGGUGUAGCUUCAUUUUUUCAAUAUAUUUGUACUCCUUUUCCUUCCUUUUGGGGGAUGUUCUUCCAAAAUUUUGUCUAGCCUGUCUUUGCAUUAGGGUGGCUGGGAAAGAUGCUGUUUUUAGAGUGGUUAGUCCCAGGUCUCAACAUGAGAGUUUCAAAUUGGUCGGAACUGACAGGAAGAGAAUUGUAAAGCCGAAUAUUGUAUAUACCUUCUUUUUCCCAAAAAAAAAAAAUUAAAGGAAAUCAUCUUGCAAAACU